GAUAUAUUGAGUCAAAACAGCUCUGCUUGCUCCUCAGUGUUGUGAGAGAAGAGACAGAGGACGUGUGAGAAGACAAGAUGGAGCGCUGGAACAGAUGAAGACUGUCACUGGUCCCAUCCGGCGGUCCACAUGAGCGUAUCGAAACCUCCUCCGCCCCACUCCCACUUCGCCCCCCCACCCGACUCUUCCACCUCCUCCCAUCUCUCCAUCCCUCCUUCCUCCUCCACCCCAUCCUCCCCCGCACCUUCUCGUGCCACCUCCUCUGCUCCCAGAUCUCUCCCGCCGCCCUCUCCUGUCAAGAUCUCCAUGCAGGAGCACUUUGCUAUCAACGUGUGUCCCGGCCCCAUCAUGCCUAUCCCGCAGAUCUCUGACUUCUUCCCGCGCUUCCACGACUUUCCCAUGACCCCGCCCCCGCCCCGGGAGAAGAAGAUCCUGAAGGAACCAGAUUUUGGAUUGAACAAUGGAGGGGAGACGGACGGUGAGAAUAAGGAGAAAGAGAGGAAACCCACCGAGGUGGACCGGGGGGAGAGGCAAGAAGGGGCGGAUUCGGACGACGAUGAUGAAACUUAUUUGGGCACCCUGGAGUUCACCCUGCUCUUUGAUCACGAGAACAACUGUCUACACUGUACAAUCCACAAGGCCAAGGGACUAAAGGCCAUGGACUCCAACGGACUGGCCGAUCCAUACGUCAAGCUCCACCUCCUGCCUGGAGCAAGCAAGGCGAACAAGCUCCGCACCAAAACACUGAAGAACACUCUGAACCCAGUGUGGAGCGAGACGCUGAUGUACCACGGCAUCACCGCUAUCGACAUGACCACCAAAACUCUCAGGCUGUGUGUGUGCGACAUGGACAGGCUCGGUCGUAACGAGUUUAUCGGAGAGGUCCGUGUCGCCUUGAAGAAACUGAGCAAGGGCGAGAGCAAAAGAUUCAAAAUGGGUCUGGAGAGAAUCACACAGAACAAAGACAUCAACAAAGAAACCGUGGAGCAAGGAACACCUGUGGCUGAGGAAGAGCGUGGUCGUAUCCUGGUGUCGCUGUGCUACAGUCCAGAAAAGAGCUGUCUACUGGUUGGCAUCGUACGCUGUGCCCACCUCGCUGCUAUGGACUCCAAUGGGUACUCUGACCCCUUCGUCAAGAUUGUGCUGCAGCCUGAUAUGGGGAAAAAGUCCAAGUACAAAACCACAGUGAAGAAGAAAACGCUCAAUCCCGAGUUUAAUGAGGAGUUUGUGUAUGAAGUUCCGCACGACCAGCUGGCGAAGAAAACCCUGGAGAUCUCCGUAUGGGACUACGAUCUGGGGAUGAGCAACGACUUCAUAGGCGGAGUUGAACUGGGCAUAAAUGCCAAGGGAGUGAGGCUGAAACAUUGGUUUGAGUGUCUCAAACACAUCGGCAAGAAAGUUGAGUACUGGCACACGCUCACGCAGCAAGGAGCCCCUCCGGAGGCCCCCCCGCAGUGACUGACAUACACACACACUUUAUCGCAAUUAUUAAAUGAUAAUCAGUGAAUGGUGAAGAAAUAAAUCAAUAAUAAUGUAAUAAAGUAAUAAGUGAUAAAACAUGCAAUAAUGAUACGGAUAAUGAUGAUAUAAUAAUAAUAUUAAUUAUAAUACAAAAUCACAAUAGUAGGUAAUUAUCCCAAUGUAGCUUUUUUUCUAAGUAAGUACAUUUGUGAAAAUGUCCCUCAUUGAAAUGUUUAAUGUGAAGGUGCGAACAAAUUUGACCUUAGCCCUCAAUAUUGUGAAGUCACUUGCAUUUCAGUCAUUCAGAUGUACACAUUAAUAGUGUAGAAUCUCUUACCUGCACUGUAACUACAAUACUGGAACAGUCUGUAAGCACCUUUGCCCAACAAGGUCUUGUUACGAACGUUGUAGUCACCAGGUUGUUUCUACUCGGGAUGCAGUUGAAAAAGGUGCCGAACGUCGGUUGAGAUGACUGGCGUCUAGCAACGCUAAUGCUAACUGCUAUAACAGUCUUAGGAAGUAUGGGAAACUGCAUACUUGGCGUGUCUCUGAAAGUGGCUGCGGCGAAUAAAGUGGGUGUAACAUCAGCUCUCUCUUAUUGGUUAGAUGGUUUUGACUGAGCGGUGUUGUUUUUAGUUUCUUACCAUGCAACUACCAUACCGCAGGUGUUUGGAAUUCAGUUUUGAAGCCAGAAGAUGAGCGCAAAUGGUAUUUCACUGCUACAAAUAAUUUUAUAUUUUCAGUGAAUAAAACUGACAACUUUGAAUUUUUUAUUAAAAGUACUAAUGAUGUGACUGUCAACCUGAUGCUGGCUACACUAGGUAGCUACUUCACACGCCAUUGCGGGACAAAAGUGCUUAGCAAGCGGAAGCGACAGACCCGGUAUUGUUGCCGUUCAUGCCGUCCCUAUUGAGUAGGUUGUAUCAAGGUGACAUCUAGAUAGUUAUCAAUAUUAGUUAUUUAUUGUGUAGGCUGCUAUCGCACUUGUAAUAAAAUAAUGGGAGGGCAAAAAAUUGCCACUUUAGCUACUGCUAGCAACACGGCUGCCCAGUGGGAAGCACCUCAGGUUGGCAGACACCUCGAUACAACAACAACGCAUAAGCACUGGCUUACACACUCCUCGUGCAGCCCAGUCAGCCACGCAAAACGGUCUUUAGCAGCAACAAAUCUGCCCAAUUGAAUGAUUUUCUUUCCAUAUACCCACUUGUGUUGAUCAACCCACUUCUUUCGCCACGUCCACUUUCAGACACAUUCCACAUGUGUUGUUACCCACGACUGUUUCGAGCAUUAACUACGCUAACAAUACCAACAGCGCUAACAAUGCUAACAGUACAAACAAUGGUACCAGUGCUAACAGUACUAACAAUGGUACCAGUGCCAACAGUACUAAC